CUCUCGACUUGUUUGUUUUUUUUCUUUUGUCGUUUUCUCUUUUGUUGUGAUGCUCAACGUUUCGUUCAUGUUGAUUGACAUCUCAUUCGAAUGUCGUUCCAAAGACAAUACGAUCAAAGAAUCACAGGGAAGUUUUUCUUUUGUCAAAAGUAUUGUCAAAACACUCCACGUCGGCUUAGUUGGAAAGACCUGUUGAUCUUUCAGUAAGAAUUUUCAUGCAUGUCGACUGACCUGCUGAUGACCCAAGAAGUGCUGAAAUAUAUUUUUGUGUGUUUGGAUGGAGAAACUGUAUAUAGGUAGGAAUAUUGCUAGCCCAAGCAGAGGAAUAUCGAAAUAUAGCACUGCUGUCGCAAUCGAGAAUCCAGUCGAUCCACCCGUUGAAGUAAAGCAUACUCAGCUUUUGAUUAAUGGGCAAUUUGUUGAUGCUGCAUCAGGAAAAAGUUUCCCGACAUUGGAUCCCAGGACAGGGGAUGUGAUUGCUCAUGUUGCAGAAGGUGAUGCUGAAGAUAUAAAUCGAGCAGUUGCUGCUGCUCGCAAGGCUUUUGAUGAAGGACCAUGGCCAAAGAUAACUGCAUACGAAAGGCAAAGGAUACUCUUGCGCUUUGCUGAUUUGAUUGAAAAGCACAAUGAUGAACUUGCAGCACUUGAGACUUGGGACAAUGGGAAACCAUAUGAACAGUCUGCUAAACUCGAAGUUCCAAUGUUGACACGUCUAAUGCGAUACUAUGCUGGUUGGGCGGAUAAGAUUCAUGGUCUCACAGUUCCAGCUGAUGGACCCUACCAUGUGCAAACCUUGCAUGAACCUAUUGGUGUUGCCGGUCAGGUUAUUCCAUGGAAUUUUCCUCUUCUCAUGUUUGGUUGGAAGGUCGGGCCAGCAUUAGCAUGUGGCAACACGAUUGUUCUGAAAACAGCAGAGCAGACACCUUUAUCCGCACUCUUUGCAGCAAAUCUAUUGCAUGAGGCUGGACUUCCUCCUGGCGUUCUAAAUGUUAUAUCUGGUUUUGGUCCAGCUGCUGGUGCAGCUCUUGCUAGUCAUAUGGAUGUGGAUAAGUUUGCUUUCACUGGAUCGACAAGAACAGGACAAUUUGUUCACGAAUUGGCAUCAAGAAGCAAUCUUAAGCCAGUAUCUUUGGAACUUGGAGGGAAAUCCCCCUUUAUCGUAUGUGAGGAUGCUGAUAUAGAUAAGGCAGUUGAGCUAGCGCACUAUGCCUUGUUCUUUAAUCAGGGACAAUGCUGCUGUGCUGGCUCUCGUACAUUUGUGCAUGAGCGUGUAUAUGAUGAGUUUGUAGAGAAAUCAAAGGCUCGUGCUUUGAAACGUGCUGUUGGUGACCCAUUCCUUAAAGGGAUUGAACAAGGUCCUCAGGUUAGCAAUGCGCAAUUUGAGAAGAUCCUGAAGUACAUAAAAUCUGGUGUCGAAAGUGGAGCUACCCUAGAGGCUGGGGGAGAGAGACUUGGCAAUAAGGGUUACUACAUUAAGCCCACAAUUUUCUCAAAUGUUAAGGAUGACAUGCUGAUUGCAAAGGAUGAGAUAUUUGGCCCAGUUCAGUCCAUCUUUAAAUACAAGGACCUUGACGAGGUGAUAAGAAGAGCAAACGCAACUCAUUACGGGCUUGCUGCUGGGAUCUUUACAGAGAACUUAGACACUGCUAACACUUUGACUCGAGCAUUAAGAGUUGGGUCAGUGUGGGUGAACUGCUUCAACAUAUUUGAUGCUACAAUUCCUAUGGGUGGGUACAAGAUGAGUGGCCAUGGCAGAGAAAAAGGAAUAUACAGUUUGGAAAACUACUUGCAAGUGAAGGCUGUUGUCACUCCUCUGAAGAACCCAGCAUGGCUCUAAUUAAUUCAACAUGCUUCUCUCCAAGUUG